AUGGCUCAAAUUGGCGAGGAAAAAAAGAAUCAUGAAAAAGAAAAGGUUUUGAAUUCCAAUUCGAAUUCAAGUCCAAAUUCAAAGAAUUUGGAGGAGAAGAAAACCGAAGCAGAGCAUUUUUGGAUCCCUGUGCAUAUUAUUAUCCCAGAGAGGCCAACUGAAUGUUCGGUAUUCAAUGUCAUAGCAGAUUCUCCUCGUGAUCCUAUCCAGUUUAUUGAAUGGUCCCCUUCCUGUUGUCCCUGUGCAUUAUUGAUAGCAAAGAUCCAUGGAAGGGUAACUAUUUGGACUCAGCCAUCUCAAGGGCCAGCUAAUUUUGUACUUGACACUAGUUGUUGGCUGUGUGAGCAUGAGUGGUGGCAAGAAAUUUCAGUUGCUACAAAGUGGCUACCAGCGAUGUCUCCGUAUGGGAGGCUUCCAUCCAAAUCAAGUGCUUCUGCCAAUUCAAAGUCAAUGUUUCAGAAGUUUAUUUCACAACAAUCUCAAACUUCAACUAGAUGGCCCAAUUUUUUCUGUGUCUGUUCUGUACUCUCAUCAGGCUUAGUUUAA